AUGUCCACUUUCUCGGCCCCCUCGUUCUAUCUGUCGCCGUCCAAGGCGGCUUUGCAGCUGCAGUAUGUUGGCAAGGAUCUCAAAGAUGUUCCAACCCCAGCAGCUGUUCUGGAUCUUGCUCCGAUCAGAAGGAAUUGUGAGGCAAUGCUCGAAGCAACUAAAGCUCUUGGACUUGGUUUCCGUGCCCAUGUAAAGACACAUAAAACCACCGAGCUCACUAGAUACCAAAUGGGCCACGAAUCCAAGGAUAUCAGACUGAUUGCUUCUACUGUCUCGGAGAUUGAGAAUCUUUUGCCAUAUCUACUUGAAUGCAAAUCCGAAGGCGCAAGAAUCAAUAUCCUCUAUGGCUUACCUGUUGCUCUUUCCCAUAUACAACGUCUUGCAGCCGUUGCUCGCGUUCUAGGCGAGGGAACUGUUGGACUCUUCGUUGACCACCCUCGUCAAGUGGAAGAUCUCGCAAGCUUGGAUGACUCUAGCUGGCCAGGUCGCAUACCUCUCUUCAUCAAGAUCGCCGCUCCCAUCUCACGAGCUGGAUUACUUCCUGAAUCUGCAAGCAUCAGACCCCUGGUACAGGCUAUUGCGAGUACGCCGAAAGUACAAUUGGUCGGAGCCUACGCUCAUAUGGGCGAGAGCUACGGAUCCAGAAGUCCACAAGAGGCUCUCGAGUUUCUCAUGAACGAGGUCAAAGAUGCGAAAGUGGGGGCAGAUCAGAUCCUACAGUCUAUGCCAAACGAAUCAUCAGGAAGGCUAACAAUCUCGCUCGGUGCAACUCCAACAGCCACGGCUGUUCAAAACGCUCUUGUCGAGACCGAGUGGAACCAGAAGUUCCGAUCUUACAUCGAAGAAGUCAAAGACAAGUAUGAUGUCGAGAUUCAUGCUGGUGUCUAUCCGGUACUGGACAUGCAGCAGCUUGCGACACGCGCCCGCCCGACCAGUGCAGAGGGCAAGCCAUUGCUCUCCACGGAGAACAUGGCUUUACGUAUUCUGGUCGAAGUCGCAAGCACAUACGAUGAACGAGAAAAGCCAGAAGCUCUGAUAGCAGCUGGCUCGAUAGUGCUUGGCCGAGAGCCGUGCAAAAGUUAUCCAGGAUGGGGAGUAGUCACAGAUUGGAGCAGUAGCUCAGCACAUGCUGGUGCUUCUUCAGUGUACGAUCCUGAAAACUCCAAGACAGGCUGGAUUGUCGGACGUAUCUCGCAAGAGCACGGCAAUCUCACUUGGGAAGGAUCUACAAAUGGCAUGCGUGAACUCGCGGUUGGUGAGAAGGUGAUGAUCUGGCCCAACCAUGCCUGUAUGGCUGGACCAAACUUUGGUUACUACAUUGUUGUUGAUGGCGAGAGUUCUGAGCCUGACAAGGUUGUGGAUGUAUGGUCUCGCUGGCGUGGAUGGUAA